AUGGGUAAAUCAAAGGACAAACGCUCUGCCAAAACAGAGUCGCCCAAGAAGAGCGAAAAGGCAGACAAGUCAUUUAUCAAAGUCGACAAGAAGGCGUUUGACCCUACGCUAGCAUCGCUGUUUGCGACCAGUGCCGGGCCCGUUCAAGCACCCCCCAAAUCACGAUACCAAGCACGUGUGCAAGAGCAGUCUAAGAAAAACUCAAACGAGGACAAGGUCGCCCAAGAUGCAAACGAUGCAGAACUAAGUUCGGCGUCGGAGAGUUUGCCCUCUGAUGACGACGAUGAAGAAGAGGAGGAUGACGAGGAAAUUUCCGACGCUAGCGACGACGCAUCUGCCGACGAAGAUAAAGAUGAAGAUGAAGACGAAGAGGAAGAUGAGUCUGAGAACGAGGCGGCUCUAGCGAAGCUACGUGAAUCAGCGCUGAAGGGUGCACAAGAGAAGUCAAAGAAGCGCAAGCGGGGCGACAAGGAGGAGAUUGAAGAUGCAUACUUGCGGAAGCUAGCUCGUGAAGAGGAGAAGGAGGAAGAGCAAAGGCAAAAGAAGCGCAAGACCAACGAAGACUCAGAAGACUCAGAUGCGGACUCGGACUCAGAAGACGAAGCAGAAGAGGCAGACGACGGCGAGGAUGACGAAACCGAGGAGAACUUCACAAUCCCCAAGCACGAGUCUCUCACAGAAGCGACGGAUGGAAACGCAUCAGAGGUGGAAAAGGCAUCCCGCACAGUCUUCCUAGGCAACGUAUCUAUCGAAUGCAUCAACUCCAAGCCGGCCGAAAAGGCACUCAAGAAGCACCUCGAGUCCUUCAUCCCCGAUCUCGCCGACAACACUCCUCCGCACAAGAUCGAAUCAAUACGAUUCCGCUCCACCGCCUUUGGCAGCUCGCUCCCCAAGCGCGCCGCUUUCGCAAAGAAGGAAAUCAUGGAAGCAACCACAAAGAGCACAAACGCAUACGCAGUCUAUACUACAAAAGUCGCCGCCAGAGAAGCCGUCAAACGCCUCAACGGCUCCGUUCUCCUCAACCGCCACUUGCACGUCGACUCGGUCGCCCACCCCACAAAAGUCGACCACCGCCGCUGCGUCUUCGUCGGCAACCUCCCCUUUGUCGACGACGAAUCGCAAACGCCCACAGUCGAGGGCGACAAGCCCAAAUCCAAGAAACCCGCCUCAGACAUUGAAGAAGGCCUCUGGGUGCAAUUUGCAAAAUGCGGCAAAGUCGAGAGCGUACGCGUAGUCCGCGAUGCAAAGACACGCGUAGGCAAGGGCUUCGCCUACGUCCAGUUUGUAGACGAAAACGGCGUCGAAGCUGCCUUGCAGCUCAACGAGCAAAAGUUUCCCCCCAUGCUCCCGCGUAAACUACGCAUCACACGUUGCAAGGCGGAGAAGAAGAAGGAUAAGCCUAGGGGUCCACCGCCAUCGUCGUCGAAAUCACAAAGAGGCAAUGGUAAAGCGGGUUAUGCGCCAAAGUUGACAGAAGAGCAAAAGUCGCUGCAGGGUCGUGCGCGAUCUAUGCUGGGUAAGGUGGCAAAGGCGCAAACCAAGGAAGGCUUUGUGUUUGAGGGUCAUCGCGCGAGUGAGAGGCAGGGUAAGAGUGGGCUCAAGUUCAAGGGUAGCGGUGGGAAGAAGAAGGGACCUAAUGGGCGGAAGAGUAGGAGUGCGGGGUGGAAGAAGAGCGGCGGGAAGAAGUGA